AUGACAGAUUUCCAAAUAACAUCGGGUCCAGUUGCUCCAAAAGGCGAUGGUUGGGUACAAGAAUCCUACAAAAAUUUGAUAUUGUGGAAACAAUAUACGAAUACCAAUUCUGCAGAGUUUGAAUCUGCCCAGCUAAUUCGAGAGGUCAACAUUUUGUUUGGAGACAAGGACUUACACGAUUCGAGAAUACAGUGGGAUUUCCAAUACCAGGAAUCACCCAUGCCGUUCGGGACGCUAUUACCAGUGCAUCUAUCACUAUUUAAACUUUCAAGGUCAGAGGAGCAGGAAUAUAUACAAAACUAUACAGAUUUUAGCGUCAGAAAACGAGAAGGAAAUAUAAUUACAGAUAAAUCAAAUUUUAGAAUUAUGCAAAUAAGUGACCUUCACUUCAGUUCUGAUUACGAAAUCUGUAACGAUAGUGGUUGCAAACUGGAUACUAAGACUUUAAAAUUCAUCGAAGAUUCUCUUGAAUCGGACAAUAUUGAUUUUGUCGUGAUAACAGGCGAUCUCAUAGAUCAGAUUAAAGUGAAGGACUUUAAAUCUGUAAUAUUAAAGGGACUAUCUCCAAUAUUACGCAAAAAUAUUCCAUUUAUCUUCACAUUCGGUGAGCUGGAUUUCAACGAGUUUCAUAAUAAAAACGCAAGCCUUAUUAAAUUUCAAAUUUUGCAAUUCUUAUCAUCUUUACCCAACUGCUAUAAUUAUGUUCCAAACCAAGAUAAUCAUAUACAUGGCUUAACUAAUUACAAUCUUAAACUUUUACGUAAUCUGGACUCCAAGCCAAGUGCCAUCCUAACAAUUCUUGAUUCAGAAAACCAAAAGAUCGAUGCUUCUCAGAUUAAUAGUCUCUAUAGACUAAACCGAGACUUACCACAGAAUUUGUUCAAACUCUUAUUUUUUCACUAUCCUUUGCCUAAUUUUAGACCUACUGGUAAGUUCAAAUUAGUUGGAUCCUACAAUGAAAAGCAUCAGUUGAAUGCGAAAACAAGUCAUAACUAUAGAGAUGACAUUGUCAAUUGUGGCUAUAAUGUUAUCUCUGUAGGACAUGAACAUGAAAAUGACGCUUGUGUACUUAGUGAGAAGUACCACCCCGAAACAAAAGAGAGCUUGAAUGAAAUAUGGCUUUGCUACAGUGGAAUCACUGGUGACUCCGGUGUAACUAAGUUAAAUCAAGACUUUGAUCGAAAAAUAAGAGUGUUUGAAAUAUUAUUCGAUAACAAAAGAUUGAUCAGCUGGAAGAAAAGUAUGAUCCAGGGUAUAGGUUUUGACUAUCAAAUAAUUCACCAAUUUGUAUAA